UCGCAGAGCGUCCGCAGACUGCUCUGGGACCAUAUACGAGUAGUUAAUCACGAAAGGCCAAGUCAUUAAAUAUCAUACGUACAUUUUCCUUAUCUACACUCUACAGUGUAGGUAUCUAUUGUAGCUAGAUAUCGCAUUGAGUUAUUAGAUUAAUUACUAUCUGUCCUUAUUGUAAUAUUAUAACUCCAUUUAAUUAGUCUAUUUGUAUAAUUUAACGAUAAAUAAUAAACAAUGGCAAAAGUGACUAUAAGCGAAGGUACGUUACGAGGAUCAAAGGUGACAACAGAUAGCGGUGUUGAAUAUUAUGAGUUCUUGUGUGUGCCGUAUGCAAAGCCGCCGGUGGGAGACUUGAGAUUUAAGAGCCCUCAGCCUGUAGAACCUUGGGAUGGUGAACUAGAUGUAACGUCUAUUGACGAAAAUAAAGUUUGCUGCCAAGCAGAUAUGAAGCUAAAUACCCAAUGUGGUAGUGAAGAUUGUCUUUACCUCAAUGUAUUUACACCAACACUGCAAAGCACUGAUACAAAACCCCUGCCAGUAAUGUUUUUCAUUCACGGAGGCGGCUUCCUUGUCAGCAAUGGCAUCAUCAAAGAAGACUUAGGUCCGGACUACCUUAUAGAAAAUGGCGUCGUCGUUGUGACUAUAAAUUACAGAUUGGGUGUGUUUGGCUUUUUGCAAUUGGGUAUACCAGAAGCUGCUGGAAAUAUGGGUCUAAAAGACCAAGUGCAGGCAUUAAAAUGGGUACAAAACAACAUAGAUAAGUUUGGUGGAGAUCGUAACAAUGUAACAAUAUUCGGCAUAAGCGCUGGGUCAGCUGCAGUAGAGUACUUAAUGCUGUCGCCAUUAGCAAAAGGGCUUUUCCACAAAACGAUUCAUCAGUCAGGGUCUACACUCAAUCAAUGGACAAUAAAUUUUGAGCCGAAGAAACUAAUUCUAAAGUUGAUCGAUGCGAUGGGAUAUACAGGAAAUACUGAUGACGAUAAAGCCAUAUACGAGUAUCUGCUGUCAAGUCCUAGCUCCCUAAUUGUGGAGGAGUGUUUCAAAUUGUUGCGCAAAAUUGGAAAUAUUUUCUUUGGAUUCGUUCCCACUAUUGAAAAAGAUUUUGGAAAUAACGAUGCAUUCCUGACCGAGUCUCCUUACAAAAUAUUAAAGGAAGGCAGAUUCAAUCACGUGCCAGUGAUAAAAGGAUUUUGCAGCAGAGAAGGUUAUCUAACACAUGUUCUUUACCCGAAUACCGUUCGUAAUUUGGUUGACAACAAAAGCUUUUUUCAAAAUUGGGUCUACGAGAUUGAACCUAGCGACAAGCAGAAAUGGGAGUCUGAGUUUUUGAAAGCUUACACUGAAAAUAUACAACCAGACGAUGAGUGGGACAAAUUCGCAAUAGAUUUCUUUAGUGAUUUCGACUUUGUAGCUGGAACUUGGUUGAGUGGCGAAAUGAUGGCCGAUUUUGGUUUACCAGUAUACAUUUACGAAUUUUGUUACGAGGGAAAUAUUAACUUUUUCAAGCAUUUUUUCGGCAUGAAAAGAAACGGCAUGGCUCAUGGUGAUGACAUAGCUUAUUUCUUCAAACAUUCAAUAACGAAAUUCGCUGAAGAAAAGGAUAUUGCAGUAAGGACUAAGCUAACGAAACUGUGGACUAACUUUGCGAAAACAAGCAUUCCAACUUCUGAUGAUAUUCCGAAGUGGCCAGCGUUCACCAAAAACUCCCCAGACUACAUUAGCAUCAAUGAAGACAUAACAAUCAAGUCCAAUUAUGAACCGAAAAAAAUGGCGAUAUUCAGGGAAAUCUUUGAAAAGUAUCAGAAAUGAAACAAAGUUAAAUUUUAAUGAGUUUUUAUAUUGGUAUAAAUAAAUAUAUUAAUUUAUCAUCACA